CUUUUUAUAGCUGUUGCCACCACUGUUACUAUUGUGAUGUCAGGAGAAAGGAAAUCUUGUUCUACAAGAUUGACUGAAUGGGACUUGAAGGCAAUUGAAGGAGUUGAUCAUUUAGAGAGCCCUACACCCACUUAUGAAACUACUACAACCACUCCUGAGACCACUACAACUACGACGCCAGAGCCAACCACCACUUUUCAAAUAAUGACUGAUGAUCUGGUGCUAGGCCUUGCAAAUGGGCCAAACAGCUGUGCAGGCCGUGUUGAAAUCUUUCACUUUGGAGGCUGGGUAAAAGUUUGUGGUGAUUUGUGGGACAUGAACGACGCACGAGUUGUGUGCAGGCAACUGGGCUGUGGCGAGCCUGUUGCUGCUCUGAGGAAUAGCUAUUUUGGUGAAGGCUGGGCAAGUCCUUGGAUGACUAAUGUGAGCUGCACUGGUUCUGAAAACUUUUUGUGGUUUUGCCCUUAUGAACACCCACGCUAUUCAUGUGGUGUUUAUGGAGAUGCCGGCGUCAUAUGUGCAGGUUCUGGACUAACAGCGCCUCCAGAAACAGAGAGCCCUACACCCACUUAUGAAACUACUACAACCAUUCCUGAGACCACUACAACUACGACGCCAGAGACAACCACCAUUUUUGAUACUGUGGGUGAUGCGCUGUUGCUGGAACUUGUAAAUGGGUCAAACCGCUGUGCAGGUCGUGUUGAAAUCCUUCACUUUGGACGCUGGGUAAAAGUUUGUGGUGAUUUGUGGGACAUGAACGAUGCACGAGUUGUGUGCCGGCAGCUGGGCUGUGGUGAGCCUGUUGCUGCUCUGAGAAUUAGCUAUUUUGGUGAAGGUUCGACAGAUCCUUGGCUGACUAAAGUGAGCUGUACUGGCUCUGAAGACAUGUUAUGGCAUUGCCCUUAUGAAAAUUGGCCGAAUACAUGUGGUUUCUAUGGAGACGCUGGUGUCAUAUGUUCAGAUUCUGGAAUGGCCCCACCUACAGAAACAGCAAGCACUCUGUUUCCUCCAGUGGGAACCACACCAAGUGGGCUGGCAUUGAGACUGGUGAAUUCAUUUAGCAGAUGUGAAGGUCGUGUUGAAGUCUAUUACGCAGGAUCCUGGGGGACAGUGUGUGAUGAUUCUUGGGAUCUCAAUGACGCAAAUGUUGUGUGCCGGCAGCUUGGAUGUGGAUAUGGUGUUGCAGCAAAGACCAAUGCCUAUUAUGGUCAAGGCUCAGGAAAAAUUGUUCUGGAUGAUGUGAGUUGCAGAGGAUGGGAAUACAGUCUAUGGGACUGUCCUCAUUCAGGAUGGCUCUCUCAUAACUGUGGUCACUCUGAAGAUGCGGGUGUCAUCUGCUCAGCUGCUGCUGGAUAUCCAACUUCUCCAUCAACGGGAACACCAGGAUCCACUCCAUCCUGGCCCUGGUACACAACAACUGCAAGCACACCGAUUCCUCCAGUGAAAACCACACCAAGUGGGCUGGCAUUGAGACUGGUGAAUUCAUUUAGCAGAUGUGAAGGUCGUGUUGAAGUCUAUUACGCAGGAUCCUGGGGGACAGUGUGUGAUGAUUCUUGGGAUCUCAAUGACGCAAAUGUUGUGUGCCGGCAGCUUGGAUGUGGAUAUGGUGUUGCAGCAAAGACCAAUGCCUAUUAUGGUCAAGGCUCAGGAAAAAUUGUUCUGGAUGACGUGAGUUGCAGAGGAUGGGAAUACAGUCUAUGGGACUGUCCUCAUUCAGGAUGGCUCUCUCAUAACUGUGGUCACUAUGAAGAUGCCGGUGUCAUCUGCUCAGCAGCUGCUGGAUAUACAACAUCUCCAUCAACAGGAACAUCAGGAUCCACUCCAUCGUGGCCCUGGUACACAACAACUCGAAGGCCGGGAUACACUCCAUCAUGGCCCUGGUACACAACCACUGCAAGCACUCCAGUGAAUAACACGCCCAGUGGGCUGGCAUUGAGACUGGUGAAUUCAUUUAGCAGAUGUGAAGGUCGUGUUGAAGUCUAUUACGCAGGAUCCUGGGGGACAGUGUGUGAUGAUUCUUGGGAUCUCAAUGACGCAAAUGUUGUGUGCCGGCAGCUUGGAUGUGGAUAUGGUGUUGCAGCAAAGACCAAUGCCUAUUAUGGUCAAGGCUCAGGAAAAAUUGUUCUGGAUGACGUGAGUUGCAGAGGAUGGGAAUACAGUCUAUGGGACUGUCCUCAUUCAGGAUGGCUCUCUCAUAACUGUCGUCAUUCUGAAGAUGCGGGUGUCAUCUGCUCAGCAGCUGCUGGAUAUACAACAUCUCCAUCAACAGGAACAUCAGGAUCCACUCCAUCGUGGCCCUGGUACACAACAACUCGAAGGCCGGGAUACACUCCAUCAUGGCCCUGGUACACAACCACUGCAAGCACUCCAGUGAAUAACACGCCCAGUGGGCUGGCAUUGAGACUGGUGAAUUCAUUUAGCAGAUGUGAAGGUCGUGUUGAAGUCUAUUACGCAGGAUCCUGGGGGACAGUGUGUGAUGAUUCUUGGGAUCUCAAUGACGCAAAUGUUGUGUGCCGGCAGCUUGGAUGUGGAUAUGGUGUUGCAGCAAAGACCAAUGCCUAUUAUGGUCAAGGCUCAGGAAAAAUUGUUCUGGAUGACGUGAGUUGCAGAGGAUGGGAAUACAGUCUAUGGGACUGUCCUCAUUCAGGAUGGCUCUCUCAUAACUGUCGUCAUUCUGAAGAUGCUGUCAUCUGCUCAGCAGCUGCUGGAUAUACAACAUCUCCAUCAACAGGAACAUCAGGAUCCACUCCAUCGUGGCCCUGGUACACAACAACUCGAAGGCCGGGAUACACUCCAUCAUGGCCCUGGUACACAACCACUGCAAGCACUCCAGUGAAUAACACGCCCAGUGGGCUGGCAUUGAGACUGGUGAAUUCAUUUAGCAGAUGUGAAGGUCGUGUUGAAGUCUAUUACGCAGGAUCCUGGGGGACAGUGUGUGAUGAUUCUUGGGAUCUCAAUGACGCAAAUGUUGUGUGCCGGCAGCUUGGAUGUGGAUAUGGUGUUGCAGCAAAGACCAAUGCCUAUUAUGGUCAAGGCUCAGGAAAAAUUGUUCUGGAUGACGUGAGUUGCAGAGGAUGGGAAUACAGUCUAUGGGACUGUCCUCAUUCAGGAUGGCUCUCUCAUAACUGUCGUCAUUCUGAAGAUGCGGGUGUCAUCUGCUCAGCAGCUGCUGGAUAUACAACAUCUCCAUCAACAGGAACAUCAGGAUCCACUCCAUCGUGGCCCUGGUACACAACAACUCGAAGGCCGGGAUACACUCCAUCAUGGCCCUGGUACACAACCACUGCAAGCACUCCAGUGAAUAACACGCCCAGUGGGCUGGCAUUGAGACUGGUGAAUUCAUUUAGCAGAUGUGAAGGUCGUGUUGAAGUCUAUUACGCAGGAUCCUGGGGGACAGUGUGUGAUGAUUCUUGGGAUCUCAAUGACGCAAAUGUUGUGUGCCGGCAGCUUGGAUGUGGAUAUGGUGUUGCAGCAAAGACCAAUGCCUAUUAUGGUCAAGGCUCAGGAAAAAUUGUUCUGGAUGACGUGAGUUGCAGAGGAUGGGAAUACAGUCUAUGGGACUGUCCUCAUUCAGGAUGGCUCUCUCAUAACUGUCGUCAUUCUGAAGAUGCGGGUGUCAUCUGCUCAGCAGCUGCUGGAUAUACAACAUCUCCAUCAACAGGAACAUCAGGAUCCACUCCAUCGUGGCCCUGGUACACAACAACUCGAAGGCCGGGAUACACUCCAUCAUGGCCCUGGUACACAACCACUGCAAGCACUCCAGUGAAUAACACGCCCAGUGGGCUGGCAUUGAGACUGGUGAAUUCAUUUAGCAGAUGUGAAGGUCGUGUUGAAGUCUAUUACGCAGGAUCCUGGGGGACAGUGUGUGAUGAUUCUUGGGAUCUCAAUGACGCAAAUGUUGUGUGCCGGCAGCUUGGAUGUGGAUAUGGUGUUGCAGCAAAGACCAAUGCCUAUUAUGGUCAAGGCUCAGGAAAAAUUGUUCUGGAUGACGUGAGUUGCAGAGGAUGGGAAUACAGUCUAUGGGACUGUCCUCAUUCAGGAUGGCUCUCUCAUAACUGUCGUCAUUCUGAAGAUGCGGGUGUCAUCUGCUCAGCAGCUGCUGGAUAUACAACAUCUCCAUCAACAGGAACAUCAGGAUCCACUCCAUCGUGGCCCUGGUACACAACAACUCGAAGGCCGGGAUACACUACAUCAUGGCCCUGGUACACAACCGCUGAAAAAUAUACUUGUGGUGGUGUCCUUCAGUAUUCAUCUGGGACAUUUCAAAGCCCGUUCUAUCCUGGGAAUUAUCCAAACAAUGCAGAUUGUGUGUGGGAAAUAGAAGCAGUGAGCAAUUACCGUAUAACACUUUCAUUUAGAGAUAUCUCGACAGAAGGUGGUAGAUGCCAGCAUGAUUAUAUUGAGAUCUAUGAUGGGCCACUCUACACCUCUCCUUUACUGGGGAAAAUUUGUUAUGGUUCCUAUCUCACAUAUACAUCAUCCUCAAACUUGAUGACAGUUCGAUUUCACAGUGACUCAAGUAUAACAAACAGAGGGUUUCGUGCUGACUAUUACAUCAUUCCAGCAGAUCAGAAUACUGUUCUUCUGUGCUUGCCUGAAUAUAUGCAUGCAGUUGUUAAGAGAUCCUAUCUCCUCUCACAAGGCUACACUGCAGAGAAUGUCAGCUUGAAUGACCCUUAUUGUAAACCAAAGAUUACAACAAACGAUAUUAUAUUCAACAUCCCAUACAAUGGCUGCGGCACAAGACGAGAGGGAAACAGCAAUACUAUCAUGUAUUCCAACUUGAUCAAAGCAACCUCUUCUGGUUACAUAAUCAAAAGGGAAAAAGAUCUUCAUUUGCAUGUCAACUGCAAAAUGCUCCAAAACACAUGGAAAGAAAUCAUGUAUGUUGCUCAGGAUGUGGCUGAGGAUGUUAUUGAGAUGAAUGAAACUCAGUACAGCAGAUAUGACGUGAACAUUUCAUUUUACGAAUCACCAUCCUUCUCACAGCCAGUGUAUGACUCUCCAUACUACGUUAGAUUGAACCAGAAUUUAUUCCUUCAAGCUUCAAUUCACAGCUCUGACCCAAAUCUGGUGUUGUUUUUGGACACAUGUGUUGCAUCACCUGAUCCCCAUAGUGUUACAUCCACGACCUAUGAUAUUAUCAGGAAUGGAUGUGCUAGAGAUCCUACCUACGGUACAUACUAUUCACCCUACAGCUCCACCAUACGCUUCAAAUUUAAUGCCUUCAAGUUUGUUAACCAAUAUUCAUCAGUUUACCUGCAGUUUAAAAUGGUGGUGUGCAGGGUAUAUGAUUAUUCUUCCCGAUGCUACCAGGGCUGCAUACCCAGGUCCAAAAGAGAUACAAGCUCUUACCAAGAAAAAGUGGAUGUUGUUGUUGGGCCAAUUGAGCUUUGGAAAGAAGGCACUGAGAACAGGAAUGCUGAGCUGGACUAUUCUGAACAUCAGGAAGAUGUGGAUUCCCGUGGUUCACUUACCACCACUGCCGGUCAUUCCCAUGCUCCAUUUAUUGUUACGGGUGUGGUGCUUGCAGCGGUUGUUUUCACUCUUGUUGGGUUUCUUUUGAAAAGUAAACUGAAGAGACCGAUUCCAUAUGAGAUAAUGUGAGAGGCUAAAGACACCAGCAUCUGGCAGACGAUAUCUCAGGGCAUUUAAGUAAUUAUUCCGUUUCUAGCCUUUGCACUUAGUAAUUUUUAUGUGAUAAUUUGCUCUUCAAAGAGAAAAUAUGACAAACUUACUGUAAUGAGGCUACACUCUGAGUUCUGGUAAACUCAGGCUAGAGAUGGGCCUGAGGUUAAAACCCCACAUCCAAAUAACAUGGAAAGCUAGGAAGAGUUUGAAUCCAGAUCCCAGUUCUGUAACCAGCUGCCAUUUCCAGUAAUGGACUGAACUCAAGCCCAGUAUUUGACCUACCAGCUCCCUCCUCUCAAUCUAGAACCAGACUUUGCACCUCAGGAUCUCUAAUUAGAUCUCUAAUCUAGAUAGACCAAAAAUACUAUUUAGUUUUCAUGGUAUUCUGCAGUGAGAUUCAACAGAGCAACUCUUGUAAUAUAAUGAGUGUGUAUGCAGGGAGAAUGGUCCAGAGGUCAGAGCACUAACCUGGGGUGUGAGUUACUGUUUCACCAUAAACAACUUGUGUGACCCUGGGUCAGUCACUUAAUCUCUCUGGGCCUUAGUUCCCCACCUGUAAAAUGGGGAUAACAGCAUUUCCCUAUCACACAGGAGUGUUGUCAGGAUAGAUACAAUUAAGAUCGUCAGAUAUUACCAUGAAGGGAGAUAUAGAAGUGCCUAAGAUCGAUAGUACUUUGAUUAGACAACUUUAUACAUAAAAAGGGCAAUCUGAUAUUGGUUUUUAUGUUUUAUGCAUACCUAGCAUAUCUUUUUAUGCAUACCUGGCACAUUUCAGUCACUGGUGGUCAUCAAGAUAUUUGGCUGUAAGUGCAAUUUUUCUCCUUCAUAAUCCUCCUUUCACUUCCUUUCAAAACCAGCAUAUCUAACACCUCAAAUAUUCUGACAUGGAAAUUGUGGCGAACAGAUGGGGGUAAAAUCUACAUGUGACAACAUCAAAUGAUCCAAGGUGGUUAUAUAGAAGAAAGUAUUUUUAUUUAGUAAUCAGCCACGCCUGGAAAAGAAAUGCAGAAAACAUACAUCCAAUUACAUAUGGAAUUGCUAAAACAUCCUGUUUCAGAUUAUCUUGAACGUUGCUCUUUAAGGUUUAAUUUCUCUUUGAGACAAAUGUAAUAGAUUGUGCUAAUUUGUAAAAUGGAAUGAUUUCCAGUCUAAAUUAAUUUCAUAUGUAAACAUAGCAAUUUACAAUCAGAAGUGGAAGUGUUUACAAAGCAAUAUUUCUACUGGUGUACUUGCAAAUAAAAUGUCUAUGCAUCUGAGUUCUGAACUAAUGCUUUGUGAUAUGAAGAAUAUGAUCUGUCAUAAUG